UGCUGUGAUGGCUCCAUCGUUAUAUUUAUUUCUUUUUCUACUUAUAUUUAAUAGUGGAAAUCGUGUUGCAUCUAAAAGUAAAGUGAGAAGUUUCCCUGAAGGAUUCCUGUUUGGAGCCUCGACGUCGGCUUAUCAAGUGGAAGGAGGUGCUUUUGAUGACGGCAAAGGUUUAUCUAUAUGGGACGUAACAUCUCACGAGAAAACGUCACCCAUUCAAGAUGGAAGUACAGGCGAUGUGUCUGCAAAUUCUUAUCAUUUUUACAAACAGGACGUAGAAAUUAUGAAAGAUCUUGGCUUAGAUUUCUACAAGUUCUCUAUUUCAUGGCCUAGAAUCCUUCCUGAUGGCUUUGCAAAUAAUGUGAACAAAGCUGGAAUAGACUAUUACAAUAACCUUAUAGAUGAAAUGUUGAACAAUAGUAUAAAACCAUUUGUAACAAUGUAUCAUUGGGAUUUACCUCAGCAGUUACAGAAAAUUGGAGGUUGGACCAAUCCGUACAUAGCGGAUUGGUUUAAAGAUUACGCUAGUGUUUUAUUUGAAAAUUUUGGGGAUAGAGUUAAACACUGGAUUACUAUUAAUGGGCCUAGUGAGAUUUGCUACGGCGGGUAUGGUUCAGACCUUUUGGCGCCGAUGUUAAAUAUGACUGGAAUAGCCGAUUAUGCGUGUGCCAAAAAUGUUCUUCUGGCUCAUGCUAAUGCUUAUCACUUGUAUGAUGAAAUGUUUAGAGAGCAUCAGAAUGGAACAAUUGGUAUUGCUUUGAACUUUACCUGGUUCGAACCGACGUCCGAUAAUCCUGAUGACCAUCAAGCUGCACGGGAUGCAAGACAGUUCUUAUUUGGCCAAUACGCGCAUCCAAUAUUCACAAAAGAGGGCGACUUCCCGGAAGAAUUUAAAAGGAAAAUUGCAGGGAAAAGCGCUGAACAAAGUUUCAAGCGAUCACGACUUCCAGAACUAUCUGCAACUGAAGUGACUGCUAUACGAGGAUCAGCAGAUUUUCUGGGCAUCAAUUCAUAUACAACUAAAAUGGUAUAUAGGGAUGCUUCGAUAGAAGGCAUGUACCCAGUGCCAUCUUAUAUGGACGAUAUGGGAGUCGUCAUUGUAAAGGAUUCAAUGUGGCCACAAUCACAGACGGAUUGGUUGCAGGAAGUGCCAUGGGGAUUUUAUAAAAUGUUACGAGAAGUGAACAGACUGUACGAUAAUCCAUUGGUUUAUAUAACCGAAAACGGCUGGUCAACAGCCGGUGGUCUUCUCGAUGAAGAUAGGAUACGUUAUCUAAGGAAUUAUUUAUCUGCUUUAUUGGAUGCCAUAGAUGCUGGCUGUAAUGUGCAAGGAUAUAGCGUUUGGAGUAUGAUAGACGCUUUUGAAUGGAGGGAUGGAUAUAACGCAAAAUUCGGAUUAUACGAAGUAGACUUUUCGAAUGAGGACCGCUCAAGGACGCCCAGGAAAUCGGCCUUCAUUUACAAAGAAAUUAUAAAAAGCAAAUCUCUUGAUCCACACUAUGAACCUGAAGUGUAUCUCGAGGAAGUUCCUGAAAAUGAAGAAAAGAAAGACGAUUACGUAUACAAUAAAUAA